AUGUUUGAGCCAUUUGAUUACACUCUUGUUAGCUUCCAAGGCAAUGCUGCGGAAGCUAUCGCUGCAUCAACUAACCCCGAAGACUGCCUUCCCAUUGCUACCGCGACCUCUACUUCUCAUUCCCGUCAACUUUCACAACCCGAAUCCUCCGCUCGAAACUCGUCCCCUCCACAGCAUGAGCGUUCCUUCCACGCCAUUUCCCACAAUGACAACCUGACAGGUGUCAGCGAGAAUCUCGAUCCGAAUGACUCGGUGUCUGGUCAUCAACCACCCUCACCCUCGACUCGUGCUUCCCCCUCGCCUCCGCCUCCACCUAUGCCUCCCGCCCCAUCCUUCCACCGCCCGUUGCCCCCUGCGCCCCGCCCUGGUGGUGCUACCAGAAAGAUGAGCAAAGGAGGUGGUGUACAGAUGGUGCUGGAGGAAGCGGGCAGCUGGAGCGAGCUCGCUGAUCACAGCUCUACCCUCCCAGCUGAAGGCUUCGAUGGUGCGGGCAAGGGCAAGCAAUCCAACAGCGGCAUGCUUUCGUUCCUGAGCAGAAAGAAGGGCCGCGAUCGCAGCCCCAAGCCCACCGAGCCGGGUGUUUUGGGCAAGGAAGGCGCCCGACAGAUCAUCAGCUGA